CCCUUUCUACCACAACAAUAAGACUAUACGAAGACAUUUGAAAAAGGAGAGAGAGGGAGAGAGAACUCUGUGUGCUCUUGCCUUGAGAGAAUUCAAAUCUGUGUCUCUCACCCCUCUUCCCCCCCUCCAUUCAAAAGCCUUCCUUGUCCCUGCAAGCUGCUUUCCCUCGUAGCCCUGAAGAGAGAGCCUAAGUUUUGUUCGAUCGUUUUCCCCCUCUGCACGGAAUAAGAUAAGGGAAGAGCCUGGUUAGAAAGAAAAAGAGAGGAAACGGGAGAACGAACGAGUGCAGCCAAUCAAUGCAGCAACAGUUCCUCUGUUCUGCACACUGCAAACUCACUGUCACAAUGGGAGAGGCGUGAGUUGGGGAGAGAGGGAGAGGAAGGUGCGGAAGGAGGAGAGUAAUAGUGGACUGCAGGGGGAUCCUGACUCAUUCACUCUGAAAGGAAGGAAGGAAAGGAUUUGCUGCUAAUCUUUCCCAUCGACUGUCUGUCUCAGUGAGAAGCUAAGCUCGAUCAGAGCAGCAUAGGAAGCAGGCAUGAGCACAGGCGGCCAUCACGCCGUGGUGACCACCCCUCCCACGCCCAGCGCCGGUGGAGGACCCGGUGGUCCUAAGGAACGAUACUUUGACCGCAUCGACCCCAACGAUCCCGAGUACCUGAGAGAGAGGAACAUGUCACCUGACCUCAGACAGGACUUCAAUAUGAUGGAACAGAAGAAGAGAGUCACACAGAUACUACAGAGUCCUGCUUUUAAGGAUGAGUUGGAGGGGCUGAUUGAGGAGCAGAAGAAGAAAGGCAACAACCCCACUGGUCUCCUGGCCCUCCGACAGAUCGCUGACUUCUUCAUGUCUUCAUCCGUGGCUGGCUUCAGCACCUCACCCCUCAGCCUUGGAAUGGUCACUCCCAUCAACGACAUGUAUGGAGUGGAGUCUACCACUCUGGUGAAGGGAGAGAAGCAGACACGCUGCAAGCUGGCCAGCCUCUACAGACUGGUGGACCUGUUCAGCUGGGCACACUUCGCCAGCUCCUACAUCACAGUCCGGGUCAGCAAAGAGCAGGACCACAUCCUCAUCAUCCCCCGAGGACUGUCAUUCGCUGAGGCGUCCGCAUCCAACCUGGUAAAGCUGAACAUCAUCGGGGAUGUGAUUGACCAGGGCUCCACCAACCUCAGGGUUGACCCGUCAGGCUUCAGCCCCCACGCUGCCAUCUACUCCAUCAGGCCAGACGCACGCUGCUGCGUCCACGUGCACACUCCUGCCACCGCCGCCGUGUCUUCUAUGAAGUGUGGCAUCCUGCCCAUCUCCCAGGAGGCCUUGAUCCUGGGUGACAUCGCAUACUACAACUACCAGGGUAGCCUUGACGACCAGGAGGAACGCCUGGCGCUGCAGAAGGCCCUCGGACCCUCAGCCAAGGUGCUGGUGCUGAGGAACCAUGGAGUGGUGGCUCUGGGGGAAACCAUCGAAGAGGCCUUUCAUUACAUCUACAACGCCCAGUAUGCCUGUGAGAUCCAGGUGAAUGCGUUCUCGUGUGCUGGCAGCGUAGACAACCUGAUUGUGUUAGAUGCUGAGAAGUAUAAGUCUCGGACCCAUGCGGUGGCCGAUGCAGAGUCUGUCAACAUGGGAAGCCCACACAAGUGGAAGGUGGGAGAGCUGGAGUUUGAAUCUCUCAUGAGGAUGCUGGAUAACCUGGGCUACCGGACUGGCUACGCUUACCGCCACCCCAUCGUUCGGGAGAAGCCUCGGCACAAGUCCGACGUGGAGAUCCCGGCCACGGUGACGGCGUUCAUGUUUGAGGAGGAGGAGGGCGCCGCGCGGCUGCCGUUUAAGUUCCUCCAGCAGAGACAGGCCAGGGAGAAGACCCGCUGGCUCAACAGCCCUAACAGUUACAUGAAGGUUAACGUGGCGGCCGUGGACGAACGCACCAGGACCAUGUGGAUGAAGUCUGAGGAAGGUGGCAACAGCAGCGGCACUCCAAUCCGGAUCGAGGACCCCAAUCAGUUUGUCCCUAUGAACACCAACCCUAGCGAGGUGCUGGAGAGGAGAAACCGAAUCAGAGAGCAGAACAGAUUCGACAUGAUGACGUCCGGACCUCGCUCUCACCACCUGGCAGGCAUCCCAUUGGACGAACCUCGAAUGGAUCAGCCGGUCCGUGUAAAGCCCUACGUGGCAUCAGAGGAUGACCAGAUGGUUCCUCUACCUCCUAACCCCUUCAGUCAGCUGUCUGAGAAAGAGAUGGACGAAUACACGAUGAACGUAGAGAAGAGACAGCUGGGGCUGAGUGAUGACGAGCACGACCUAACCUCCAACGACGCUUCCACUCUCUCUCAGUCUCUGUCCCAAACUCAGUCCCCGCAAAUAACUCCAGCUAAAGAAGAGAACCACACGAUGCAGAACGGCAAGGACGGCGGCAACCAUGAGGUGAACGACGAGCUGAGCAAACGGGUCAGUCAGCUGACCACCAGCGUGGAGAGCAUUGAGGUCAAGGUCCACACCGGCGAGAAGAUCGAAGACUCCGCCCUCUCCCCCGAGAGCUCGCCCUCCAAGUCCCCCAACAAGAAGAAGAAGAAGUUCCGCACUCCCUCAUUCCUCAAGAAGAACAAAAAGAAAGAGAAAAUGGAGGCCUAGAGAAAGAGAGAUGGAGGGAGUGAUAUUAAAGCCUAUAUACAGUUUAAGAAAGAGGGGACCCCUCCUAUUUUUUUUGUCUGUUUUUAUUUUAGUUUUGUUUUUGUCAGUGUCCUCUUUUGUCAUUUUUUUUUUAAAGAUUUUAUUUUGAUUGUAUUUUUUAACAAAUUGUUCUUUUAAGUUAACAUUUUUUAGACUUGCACGAAAAGUGAUGAAUUGAGUUGAGGAUUCUCUUCCUCUGCCUUGAAGUGAAGGCUCAUUGAUUUGGGAAGGCGAGGAUUAAAAUGAUAAAGCUGCAACAACUGAUUCUGGAAAACGGACUCCUCCCCCAUGUUCAAUAUUCACUGCCAUUGGCUGAUUAUGUUAUUUCUUCUCUGCCAUUGGCUGAUUAUGUUAUUUCUUCUCUGCCAUUGGCUGAUUAUGUUAUUUCUUCUCUGCCAUUGGCUAAUUGUUGAUUAUGGAAUUAGAAACAGCCAAUCGUAUUCCUUGCUUCAUAAUCUCCAGCCGACACUGGCGGGUCUAGAUAUGCAUCAGUGGUAUUAUUAAACUGCACAAUAUGGCAACCAGCUAGCGUACGGAAACGCUUUACGCCCUUAUGGUAACCAUAACAACCACCAUGUUCUUUUCGCUUACAUUUUCUCCUCAUAUGAGGUCUGCUUCUUCAAUACAUAGAGGACUGAAAUCAGAGAGGCCACAAAGUAAUAGUCAGACUGGAAAACUGGUUUGAGAUGGUUUUAAAUGUACAGGUUUUCUUUCUUUCACUCUUGCUUCUUGUUUUCACUUUCUCUGCCUCGCUUUGUUUUUCUCUUUCAUCCCUCUUUUUAUUGCUCCUCCUCCUCUCUCACCUUCUGUUAAAAGUGAAUCUAUAUUUACAUUACCUAGCUCUCUACUAGUCGACCUCCGGCCUUCAUCUCAGUUGUUCACCGCUGCUGAUUCACUCUAAACUCACAUAGAAUUUUUUAUUGUCCUCUCCUCUUGAUCGUUUCAUUUUUAUUUUGCCAAACUAAAAGGAAUAAAAAAGCAAUCACGUUUUAGUGAAGAAUCAUCAUUUAUAUACUUUUUAAUCUCAUUUAGAUCAUAAAAACAUGUCAUCUCAUUAAAUAAUAUUACAUUUUUGUUUUUUUUAAUUGACACAAUUUGGUAGUAGUCAUCUCACUCAGUUUUGUGUUCGUUUCUAUACUUUUACAGAGAAAUACAAGAUGUUACGCAUGUUUUUGCAAGAAUCUGAAUUUAUAUGGCUGACUACGUUGCUCUAGUGUUGCCUGCAGGUUUCUCUCAAAUUAUAUUCUUGUUCAGAUUACAAAAAAAUACUAUAUAACUGAGAUAUAUGAAAACUGGAUAUGUUGGGUAUAGAUUUUUAACUAUAUAUUUUGUAUUUUAUUGUGCUGCACUUUUACUGUGGUAGGAUUAUAACACAAUGUAGUUGCAGGUGGUUUCUACUAUGAAGGAGAUUCUAGAAGCAGAAAGAACCAGUAGAAUCUAUAGAAGCAAGAAAGUAGAUAGCAGGAGCAGAGUACGGAAGAUACACUUUAGGUUGUGGAAAGUGAGUUGUUUCAGAAGAAAAAUAUAUAGAUUUGUGUCACGCUUUAAAAAAUAUUAUUUCUCAGUUAAAAACAACAAAAUAAAUAAAACAGGUCCCAAAAUACAAAAAGUAUCUUCAGUUAUAAAAUAAAAAAUCAUGGGCCUUGAGCGUGGAACUGGUGCCGUUGUUGCUAUGGUGUGUAUUUUGUGUGAUUUCAAAAAAAAAAUAUUAAAACCAUAUACUAUAUUUUUCUCGUAUAUUUUAAAUCAUGAGACAAGGGUUGAGAAUCUUAUCCUGCCCGCACCCGGGCGACAAAUUUAACAGGAGUGCUCCCCGGAUUGUCAUUAGGCCUCUUAUAAGUCACCCCUAUGUCAUGCCUAUGACUGCUCAUAAGACCACUUUGACAGCUCAUAGUUGCCUAGACGUUGUUUGCGUAGCCUCUCUAGCCUCUCUCUUUAGUUUCUCUUUUUAUUUGCAUCUCAACAGCUUCUUUCACGACGUUGUCGGUUGUGGAAACUGGAACUCGUGUUAUUUCUCAAGAAGAUAUAAAUCAUGGAAGAGUGAUGACUAAGUGGCAUGUAGACAUACAGUUAAUAUACAGAUGUACCAAUAUCCCAGCUAGCAAUGUGAACUAUUGGAUUUGGAACACUGAGAGAGGGAUGAAAGGAGGGAAGGAGAGAGGCACCUCUUUAGCUGUGUAAAUGGCCCUAUCAUCUGUCUCACAGCAGAGAUGAGCUUUUUGGUCUCACAGUUACAUGAACAGCUGGGAAAAGGGUUGAGGUGUGUGAGUUUUAGAAAAUGUAAAAGUGUAUGUGUGGGGUGUUUUGUUUGGGAGAACUAUGACAUCAACACACCACGUUUUUAGAAUUACUCAUAAUUGUACCCUUUUUUUUCAUAACAUUUCUCCUUUUUGACACAGUUCUUAUUUUUCAUCUUUCCAUUUGUAUCAGACAGGUUUUCAGUUCAGUCUUUUUCGUUUACCAAGUACUAGGUUUCUCUUUCCUUAUUAACCAUUUACAGUACGAGCGUUUACAAACCGCUCUCAGAUGAAUUGAGUUUGCAUUUGCGUUCUUUUUAUUUCCUAUUCUCUCCCAUCUACCGACCGUUUGCACCUUUGUUUUACUAACUAAUGCCUCUGUCCACCAUUUUGUUUCUGUUUAUAAAAAAAGAAAGGAUCGCUUUAGCAUGCAAGUAAUGAGCCAAGCCCUACCUGUGACCUGUGAACAAAAAUCCUAUUAGAAAAGGUUCUUCUAUAAUGGAGUUGCUUUCAGAUGUGUUGCUAAUCAGUGUAAAUUCACAAAAUAAAACUGUAUUUUAAGAAA